AAUGGUAUAGACCAUAUUUCCGCGGCAAAACUGAAGCUAACAUCAUGGCGGCUUGAAGUUCGAACCAAACUUGACGCUCGCUGUAGCAGCCGUGAGUCCUAACUCCGCUUUCCAGCCACGCCAGGCGAGGAUAACCUUUAGAUGAGUGUGGCGACUUACCAAGAGUCUCCAGGAUGUCUCUGAGGCGAUACCGCCGUGACCGUCUUGCCAUUAAACUUUUUGAAGCCAUCGAGCGGGACGAUAUCAGCCAAGCAGAGACAUUGCUGAAGAAAGGUGCAGACCCCAACCUGCUGUUACCCACACAGGGUGUCACCCCCUUUCACCUGGCAGUGGGUGUGGACCGGGCACUGGACUUUGUCAAACUCAUCCUCAGUUAUGGGGGAAACCCCAAUGUCAGGGAUGAGGAAGGAACCACACCAGUCCACGUGGCAGCGUCCUGGGGGAAACUGAAGUGUCUCCAACUGCUGAUAGUCAAUGGAGCAGACCCUCACACCAUCGACCAGGAGGGUCGGACAGCCCUUGACAUGGCUCUGGACUAUGGAGAGACGUUCUGUAUCCAGGCCCUGCAGGAGUACGAGCGGUCUGCCAUGGACAUGGGCAUGGAGGAUGUCAUCCCUCAGUACAACUACAACUUGCUGUGUGGUGAUGUGGUUGACUAUGUGGAGGAGAUGGCCUCCAACUCGGUGCCAAACUUCAGCUUCUCUCGUGACCUCAGCGCCAUCAGUUCCCGCCUGCCCAGCUUUGGCGAUGCCUUCUCCUCCAGCCGCAUCUCCAGCUUCGGGGCCGGCCUCAACGCCUCGGCUGUUUCCACGUUCAGCGUCCCGCCCAUGAGUUCCACUCGUAUCUCCAACUUUGGCCCACCCAUCAGCCCCUCAGAUCUAGAAUCAAGCCAUCUGACGUUCAAAGAGGGAACCACCAAACCGGUCAAACCAGAAGCCGCCCUUCCUAAAACCCCCAACAACACCCCCGAAAAAGCUGGGAAGAACAAACCUAGGUCUAGUAUAUUCGGUGGAUUCAGAUCUAGAGGCACCAAUAGAGUUUCUCCCACAAACAUGGAAACCGCUCAAACUGCCAAGUGCAAUGUGCAAGUCAUGGAACCGGAAAAGCCAUACGUGGAUGAGGUUGAUUCUUCCAGUGUCUUUCAGACUCAGAAUGUUCAACAGCCUCCUACCUACAAACAUCUCUUUCCCAAGGAUGGAGCUACAUCUGCCUAUCCAGUUGGCAGGCCGGAUCAGAAGACCACAGGCAGUGUGGUGUCCUCCCCAGACCCGGAUGUGACGUUCCCUAAGCUGCACGGCAGCACGGGCUUCCAAGUCAAGCCUGACGACAGGAGAAAAACUCAGGUCUACAAACGUCCUGGAACAGGAAACUCCACAUACGCCGUAGACUGUGGCACGCAAGUCACCCGACCCUCCAGGCUUCCUCUCGUGGAUUCCCCCAGCGAACCGCCGAGGAGAACCACUCGAUCGUGGAGCAAGAGAGACGCUAAGGUGGGACCCAUGGACGAAAUCCAAGAAGCGGCUGUACAGGUGGAGACCAAGGACGUUAGCACCGGAGUACAGGGUUACAGCUUGUUAGAGAGCUGUUUCCACAGAAGAGGUCUGUCGCACCUUGUAAACCAAACCCUCCACAGGAAGCAGAAAGACAAGAAAGAUGUGGAGAAGAAGGAUGUGGAGAAAAAAGAUGCAGGCACCUCCAUGCACGUGGACAGCCCAAACCGAGAUGCAGCAACAUCCAUGGCAGUGGACAGCCCAUGCAAGUCCCCAGACGUGUGCUCUCCAACUGUAACUCCAAAGAAGGAUGCGAGCACCUCGCCACUCAUACUUCAAGAAAGGAAGUUCAAGCCUGAUAAACAAGAAGAAAAACAGCAACAGAUGCAGCCUCAGGGGGUGCCAGAAAGUGAGUUCUUGGACUCAAGGAAAAUGAAGAGAUUCAACUCCAAGCAGGGUAUAGACUGCACCUCUCCUGACAAGUCUGUUGAGUUUGUGAAGUCCUCCAGCGAGUCGUGUGACUCGAGCAGUGUCCUCCUGGACAGGACGUCUGUGUGGGUCAGUGCCCUGGAUGACUCCCUAAACUGUGAAGAGGACUGGGAAGAAGACGGCAACAAGCCCUCCAGUCCUACACCUCAUGCAGACAAUCCUGAAGAAGUGAAGAAAGCAGCAGAUCAUAAGGAGAGCAGUAAACACAACGACGGCAGCCCUGUCUCUGACGACAAUCCUGAUGCUAGACAUACCUCCGGUGGUAGGGAUGAGGAGCAAGGUGACCAGAGUGAUGACAAAAGAAGUGAAGACAAAAAGGACAAAGAAACUGAAGCACAAUCAAUAUCAAAAGGUCUUGAGGACAGUACUGAAAGCACUACGCUAGACAAAGGCUUUGUAGAUGAAACUGAAGCAAAAACCGAUAGACUAGAAGAAACAGGGAAAGACAACAAGAGUGAUAUAGCAGCAAGUAAAGAAGAGACUAGCCAUGAAGAAAAGCUUUCAGAAGGGCAUAUUUCCACUGAUGAUGAUUCUUUAGAUAAAGCCGGAGAAGAAGAAAUGGCUGAGGAAGAUGAGGAGGAUAAAGGAGAUGAUGGUGAUGAUGAAGAUGAUGGUCAUGAGGAAGAUGGCUCUGGUAGCCAUGGUGAUGAAAUGGAAACACAGAUAGCUGUGCAGAUGGAGGGCACCUGUAUGACUGAGGAUCUGACAACAGUCACUGCCCUGGAGGAGGAGGAGGAGGAAGAAGUGAAGGAAUCAGGUGGAGAGGAGGACGGGUGGUCAGAAGAGGAGAACAGAGGGUCAGAGGACGAUACAGUGUCUGAUGACAAAGAAGAAGGCCAAUCUUCAGACAGUCCUGAGGAUGAGGACACUGAGAUUGAGUUCUCUACUCCAGGGGAUCUGGGCAUGAGACACCGGGAUGGUCAGUCUCCAGAGCUAAAGGAUGACAAAACUACAAAGCAAGACACAGAAAGUAUGAAGGGGAGUGAAGCAAAGGGAGACGCUUCAGGCGAAAAAGCACAGUCAACAGUUGAAGAACUUGUUGUUGAAGAAGCAGUUGCGAAUGACAGUGAAAAGCCUUCCGCUGCAGUUGAAACAUCUAAAAGUGAGCCCACAUCAGAAAUGACAAACUUGGUAAACGACUUGUCUAGGAAGCUCAGUCUAGGGUCUGGUUCCAGUACAAAGGAGCUCGAACCAUCCAAGGUUGUGCAGACAAAAGGGGAGCAGAAACAGCAGGAGAAGAGUUUCCUGGACUAUUCCUUCUCAGAUACAUUCAAGAGAAGGCUCAGCGACACACUUGUGUGGAGAAGAGGGCAGCUUGUCAGUGAAAUGUCUGUUAGUGAGAGUCAGAUAGGCGCUGCACACCAGCCCAGCUUCCCUGCAAAGCACAGAUUUUCAGAUGUGCAGAGGAAGAGCAGCGUGAAGUUUGACAGUUCAGUAACAAAGUUACCCUUGGCAGAUGCAGCCGCAGGAGAAAUCUCUGGAAUGCCAUCGAAGUGGGUACCUGGGAUGCAGAGGCCAGGCUGCCUGAAAACAACCUCCAGCGUCACUCAACCAAGCAAAGCUGCUCUGCCUGCAGAUAUCAGACAAUCCAAGAGUGAGGGUAGUGAAAAAGAGCCAAGAGUUCAUUUUAUGAUUUCUUCUCAUCCAAGAAACCUUAGAGGUUUCGAUAAAGAGUAUGAAAGUCCCGGGAUGUCGGACCAUUUCAGGGAGAGACUCGGCCACAGGUUUGCACGUGUUCUUCAAGCCGAGAAUGGGGCUGAAGACAGCCCAGACAAGAGCGAGUACUGCACCCCGGUCUCGGACCCAAGACUUCUGAAAGACCCGCUCAUGAAAACAGGGACCGAUUCAAGGAGAAUCGACGGCAGUGCACUGGGCAGCUCUUUCGGGAGCUGUAGAAAAAAGCUCCUCGGAUCAUUUGCAGAGGUAAGCAGUGUGACCAAAGAAGAAGCAACCCUGGCGACCGCCUCUCAAACUGCGACCAUGUCCGUCCCCUCAGACACACAACUCAUUCCCGAAGAAGGUAUUACGACCACGAACAAUGUAGUUGCUGAUGAUGACUUCAAGACCAAAUACUUGAUUGACUACGCAGACAAGCUGAAGAAGAGUAUACUGCUGAACCCUCCCAGAUGGAAGCCGUAUGAGGGAAAAGACCCACUGACAGAGGAGGAAGAGACCCUGAAGGCCAGCGGCACCCUGUCUCCCGGCUCAGCCACCCUAGUGUACAACAGUGUGGACCCGAGUAGUGCUGAAGAGGCACUGCUCCUCGAGGGAGGGCUGGUAGAGAGAAGGAAGCAGCUGCUACAAGCGAAAGCAAGAUACAUGAGCGAAAUAAACAGUAGGAGUACAGAGGGGUCAGCCAGGUCUGGGAAGGAUGAUGCAGCGUCCUUGACUCAGGCCUAUGGCCCAGGCAGCAGUCAGUCCUCUGACCGUGGCAGCUCUCAGGACAUGGACACCCUCGAUGGGGACUUCAGAAGAAAGCUCAUGUUGAGGACCAAGUCGAGUGUUACUGCAGCUAGUGCAGAGAGCGGUGUGCCUUCGUAUCUUGUUGAUCACGACCAGGAGACCAUUCCCUACGCGGUCUGGGUUCCCAAAGGCUACAAGGGAGCCCGGCCCUUUCACGGCCAGGGAGACGACUCCAAGGUGGCCUUCAGGAGAAGGCGGGCAGAAAAUGCCAGGAAGUUCACCUGCCUGAACAGGUCACGGCGGGACAGGUCAGACCUCAUGUCAGACAUGGAGUUUCUCACCUCAGACAACACCACGGACGAGAGUUUACAGUCCAUGCUGGGACUGGACAAGGAUCGCUAUGCACAGAUCUUCAGGAAGCCGGCCUAUCACUUUGAAAAGUCAGUCGUAACGACCGAUGACAGCUUGCAGUCAGUAGACAAGAGGCAGACAACUCAGCGUUUCAUCCACCCUACUCCAGGGCCGCAAUACGGACCGCCUGUUGGGGCUCCUGAUAGGUCGUUGAUGACAUCCGACGACAGUCUGCCAUUAGGUGACCACGAUCGGUACUCCCAGCGUUACCUGAAACCACCUCCUGCUCCUGUAGCCUCAAAGGAGGAUCCCAGUCCUCCAGAGAUGGGUUUUGCUCUCUACAGUCAGCCUUCUAGUGAAACCGAAAGCCUUUCCAGUCAGGAGCCGGAAUACUGCGUGGAAAAUGAGGUCAGCCCAUUCGCAAAGACGAGGCGCUCCUUUGAUCCCGACGCCACCGUGGAGUACUUGUACACCGACAACGGCGACGGCAUCGCGCUGAUCGAGCGCAGGUGUCCGUCGAUGUCGGGCUCCUCCCACUACAGCACGGCCCUGGAGGACCAGUCGACGGUGAGCUGCGAGGACACCAUCCUGUACGACUGGAAGGCGUACUUUGCGGCGGAGAGUGAGGCCGAGUCAGAAGCGGAGGUGGUCCAUGUUCCGCCGGAGCUGCAGCAGCUGAGCGACCAGCAGCUGCGGGAGAGGCUGGAGGCGCUCGGCGAGCUGCCCGGACCCGUCACUGCAUCCACGCGGCGCCUGUACCUGCUGCACCUGGUCAAACUGCUGAAGGACCCGGCCAUGGUCCGCUUCACCGGCCAGCAACACUCAGGAUACCUCCCGGAGCUGGCAGCCUGUCUCCAUGGUAACCCAGUGAAGGACAUGAUGGAGGAGGAGGAGGUUCUGUCCCGACAGUUUGAGGAUCCCCAGAGGAUGUGGAGGGAAGGUCGUCUCAAAUCCUCCUUCAACUACCUGCUGCUGGACCCCAGGGUUACCAAGAACCUCCCAGCUAGGGGUAGAUGUAUGACUGACACAGAGAUCUUCAAGGUUUUCAUCUCUGCCAUCUUCUACAUCGGCAAGGGGAAAAGGGCACGGCCAUAUGCACACUUCGGGGAGGCCAUACAGCAGAUGGAGAAGCCAAAACACAACCCGAGUGACAAGGUGAAGCACAUUCUGGACAUCUGGGCCAGUGGCCUGGGUGUGGUGUCCCUGCACUGUUACCAGAGUGUCAUUCCUGUGGAGGCUUACACCCGGGAGGCUUGUAUGGUGGAGGCCUUUGGUCUGAGCAGGCUGACCAAUAAGAAGAAGGGUGACUACUACGGUGUGGCGGCCACGUGGCGGGCGAGGAAGAAGAGGCUGAUGGGAGUUUACCUGCUGAAGAAGGCGAUGCAGAUCUUUCUCAGCGAGGGCGAGCGGCAGAUCAGGCCAGCUGAUGUCAAAAUCGGGCAGUGAUGGCUUUUCAACUGACACAAAAUAUCCAAACUACAGCUCUGAAUGAGUAUGGACAACUACAGUAAUUAUAUG